AAGACAUGGCAAACAUGUUGUGGCGCCACUGACCGUGUGAGUGGACGUCGCGCGGGUUCUCUGAUGGAAGAAACUCGAUUAAUUGAUGACAUUUCAAACAGCAUGCGAAAACACCUGCUUGUCAAGUUCCAGACAGUGGAUGAUGCGCGCUGGGUCAGCAGAUGAACUGAGACGCUGCGCGCAAGAGGUUGCCACAGGCGAGGGUUAGGUUUGACCUCUGCGUGGACAUUCACUCUGGGAGAAAGUGUUUAUCAAUGAAGAAUGUGACUGCGUCCGACUCUCUUCAAACGGGGUGGAUGAAGCCCUCGGCGGUGACAUGCGUCUUGCCCCGCAGCCAAGCGCGCAACCCUUGCGGCUCAUAAUUCUGCUCCUCGUCGCCACCGGCGUGACCGCGUCCCCGGUGAUCUCCACUGGCUGCCCGGACAGGUGCGUGUGCGAUGACCAGCUGGUGGUUCAAUGCGCUGGCCAACAUCUGACCACCUUCCCGGUCAACUUGCCGCUGGCCACGCGGCAGCUCAUCAUCUCCAACAAUCUCAUCGUGGAGCUUCCGCCGCUGUCGCUCAACUACCUCUCUGACCUGGUCUACCUGGACUGCAGCAACAACUCCCUCACGGAAAUAUCCGAGUCCACGUUUGGAAAUCUACGCAAGCUGGCCUACCUGGACCUCUCUUUCAACACCCUGACCCGGAUCGAGGACAGGACGUUCGGGCCCCUCGCCAGUCUGGUAAUGCUGAGGAUGACGGACAACCCGGGGCUCUCGGAGAUUCACCCUGACGCCUUCACGGAAAACGUGGCUCUUCAGGUUCUGGAUGUGAGCCGGAACAACCUGACGGUGGUGAACGUCACCUCCCUGCUCGCGCUGCCCGCCCUGCGCUCUUUGGGACUGAGCGGGAACCCGUGGAGUUGUGAGUGCGAAAAUGAGGACCUGUGUCUGUGGGUCCACCUGGAGGGCUUCAAGUUCCAAGAUGAGGGCCAGACAGUGUGCGGCUCCCCUGCAGACAUGCAGGGCCGUCGUCUAGGCGAGGUGGGCAUCCAGCUACGGACGUUAUGUCACCAGACUCUGGGCUCGUGGGACUACCUCUUCUUUGUCGUGAUUGGCUUUGUCAUCUUUGCCGCCGGCACCGUGUCUGCCUGGGUGAUGGGCGUCAUCAUGGUGCUCUACGAGCGCUACAUCAAGAAGAAAGACGGACAGCUCGACGUCGACGAAGAGGAGGACGACACCAGCGAGACGGGUCGUACCUCGGGGGCCAGGCGUGACCAUGGCAACGGGAAUUUAAAAACCCCACAUGAUGUUUGAGAGAUUAGACGUUACCCUGCUCGCUAUGGAUACCCACAGUGCCUCCUGUCAACUUCCAGGACUGUCUGUGAAGCGUAAUGAGACUAAAGUGAGUCUGUUUAACAGGCUCUGCUCUGAAAGAGAAAAGACAGAACUCAUCUGAUGUGGGGAGAAUCAUUCGACUCAUUUGUAGUGGCUUUCAGGUGAUGUAACACUCACUCUGGCUGCCGGAGUGGAGGUCUACGUGACAUUUGAGUGGGAAAUUGGUCAUCCCUGCUGAAAAAACAGUCCAUUAUUAACGGUGGUUAGCGUUUACCACUGGAUAUUCUGAACACAAGCCAGUUUUGGUUCAUGUACCAGCAACAGAGGUGUAACUUUCCGGCUUCAUGAAAUACACUUUCUUGUCGAGAGGAAAAUGAAAAGAUGAAGAUGUGUGUACAUGGUGAAUCGGCUGUUCCUCAGCGUUCGGGUUCAGUGUGUAAGAAUGACUUAGCGUCUCGUCUAUGCAUCGUAGCUUUCAAUUCAAAAAGCAGCAGUCACGGUCUUUGUUGGUUCAUCUAAAGUACCAAUAAAAUGCUUAUUCUAAGGCUACAGAAACUAAACAAUUUCUAUUUUACAGCGAUUAUACACUCAUUCAGACAUACUAGACGUAAUAGUGUAUUCAAUUUCUGCCAUAACCCCCCGCCUAAAUGUUCCACACUGGACCAGAAUCUGGAAACAGAGGAAGCUGGAAGCAGCUGUUCAAUAGACAGAUAAUGAGAUUUUUAAAUCUCAUCUCAUUGUAUUUUCUUUAACUGCCACCUUGGGUCAACCAAGACCGGCAAUGUACAUCCAUUUACGUGAGCCACUGUAAAACAACUUUACAGAAAUCAAAUUGAUUCAUAUAGUGCAUGAUUUGAUAAUUAGCAACUGCAGUCCCACAAGAAACCACCAGUCCUUUUAUAGCCAUCCCAAAAUCUGAAUUGGAGAUAAAAUUAAGGUCAACUGUUUUCCCCUCAAACAACUAAAUUCAUGUGUGUGUAUAAUCUGGACAGACACACUUGCCACUAAUUUAUCAAACAGCUGUAUUUCUAGAGCGAAACACCAAAAAGCACAGUGGACGCCUGUGAUGGCAUUCAGCUUCUGAGAGUUGAGUCUCCCACGGCUUCAGAGCAUCUUUUGCAGUUAUUCUGCUCAUCAGUGAGAACGGAAGAAGAGUGAAGAAUCCAUUUAUGUCCAAGUAAAAGUGCUUAUGAAGAAACGAGUGCACCAGCCUGUGCUCUCUCUCUGAUGGUGUGGAGGUUACAAUUCCCAGCCUCAGCCAGCGCGUUUGUGUGGAGGUUCUUCAGUAUUUAUGAAGUUGCGAGCCAACACGUACCAUCUGCUGAGGUCUUCUUUGGCAGCAGGCUCUGCCGAGUACACGACGACUGACUACUUCUUUGUUAUCCUUGCUGUGUUGUUGGUUUGAGUGUGGUGCCCUGUCAUUUUCUGCAUGCACUGCUGAUGCACUGAGAAACCCCGACGAGAUGACCAGUGUCAGUCAGCCAUUUAAAGCUGUAGUGUGAGACUUUUGAAUAAAGACAUUCAAACCGUU